UUGACUAAGCGCGGAAAUGGAGUAAUGGCUAGCGAAGUACGGGAGGAGGAGAGCCUCCGGGUUAAAAUCGGUGAAGCUAAAAACCUGCCUCCUCACACUGUAUCCAUUAAUGCUGGCCGCAACACACUGUGUACAAUCAAACUUGAUCGUGAGGAAAUCUUCAGGACACAAAUUGUUGAAAAAGACCUCAAUCCAUUUUAUGGGGAGGAGUUUUCGGGAGAGAUUCCACAUAAAUUUCGUUACCUGUCUUUUUAUAUCUACGAAGCCAGUCAAAAGUCUAACAAGGUUUUAGGAAAAGUUUCACUCCGAAGACAAGAACUGUACAAAUACCAUGGGAAGGAUCACUGGUUCCCUCUCUUCCCCGCUGAUGCUGACUCAGAAGUUCUGGGCAAGGUUCAUUUAGAGAUCAAAUUUGAUGAGUUUCUUUGCACAGAUUCUGAACCAACUCAAGGGCUGUCCAUCAGGGUCGUAGAAUGUGGUGACCUUACUGUUGUCAACGGAGCAUGUAACCCAUAUGCGGUCGUGACCUUAAACUACAAAUCCAAACACAAACAGGAAAUCAAGCGGACCAAUGUGCGGAAAAAGACCAUUUGUCCUCAUUUUGAUGAAACUUUUUUCUUUUUGCUAGAAAACAGAGGUCAAAACCAUGACCGGAACAAUUAUAACAUUGAGCAUGCGUUCAAGGCCUAUAUAAGUGUGUCCCUUUGGCACGAUGACUCCCUGGUGUCGCGUGAAGUCCUGGGGGGAAUGUUUCCCGGUUCAUUUCUAGGUGAGGUAAAGAUUCCUCUCCAAAACCUCACCUCAGGAACCUCACACAAAGCCUGGUACUGCCUUGGCAGUCGAGAGGGCUGGAAACAAUCUAACCAGGACCUUGGAGCCCUUCGCCUCAAAAUCUCCUAUACCUCAGAACAUGUGUUCAAAUCCGAAUAUUACAAUGAUCUCAGGGAGCUUCUCCUACAGUCUGUGAAUACUGAGCCUGUGUCGUCGAGUGCAGCUGCUAUUCUUGGUGAUGUAGUCGAGAGUAGACAGGAUGCUGCACAACCUAUCAUGAGGAUAUUUCUCCACCAUAAAAAAUUAGUCCCAUUUGUGCGGGCAUUAGCAAGGGCAGAAAUCAAACUAACAUCGGACCCUAAUACAGUUUUCCGUGGUAACACUCUGAUCACCAAGGUGAUAGAUGAGCUGAUGAAACUGGUGGGGUUGCCAUGUCUACACGAAGCUAUCAAAGCAACUGUUGAUGAGAUUUGUACAGAACAUCUGUCUUGUGAAAUUGACCCUGCCCGCGUUAAAGACGGGGAGAACCUGUCUGACAAUAUGAAAAAUCUGAAACGUUACGUUGAACAAGUUUUCCAGAGUAUUGUCCACUCUGGUUUGAUGUGUCCCACCAUUUUAUGUGAAGUGUUCUUCGCUCUAAAAGAGGCAGCUCAGGAAUACUUUCCAGAUAGCCCUCUAGUACGGUACCAGGUGGUCAGUGGAUUCAUUUUCCUGCGGUUUUUCGCUCCGGCCAUCCUUGGACCUCGCCUGUUUGACCUGAGGACAGAUACACAGGAUAUGUGCGUGAAUCGAACCCUAACACUUGUGUCCAAAGCCUUGCAGGGCCUGGGAAAUCUGGUCAGUUCUAAGUCGUUAUCGUUUGGUCUCAAAGAGGAGUAUAUGGUUCCAUUAUUCAAGUCCUUCAAUGAUGCUGAACAUAUCGAUGGCAUUAGAAUGUAUCUGGAUAUGAUAUCUUCAGCCGCACGCGCUAACACUAAAAGUAUCAUCAUAGAGGUUCCCAUCAUACUGAAGGAAGGAUUCCUUAUCAAGCGUGCCCAGGGAAGAAAGAAGUUUGGAAUGAAGAAUUUCAAACGACGCUAUUUCUGUUUAACAAAUCAGCACUUCUUUUACUCGAAAAGUCGGGAUGAUCCACCCCUGUGUGUCAUCUCUAUAGAGGAUAUUCUCGCUGUGGAGACGCUGCAAGAAGAGUCCUUCAAAAUGAAAUAUAUGUUCCAGGUGGUACAGCCACAGAGAGCUCUGUACAUACAGGCCACUAACUGUGUAGAGGAGAAAGAAUGGCUGGACAUUCUUAUGAAAGUGUGUCACACAAACCGGAACCGGUUAAAAGUGUUCCACCCUGCUGCCUUCAUCAAUGGCCACUGGCUGUGCUGUAAAGUACCAGACCAAGCCUCGCCUGGCUGUACCCCUGUCACUGGUGGUCUGUCCGUCACAGACAUACAAGUCAACAUUGACUCCGACAGAGAGGUGGAGAGAAUACAUUCCUUAUAUCUGAGCUACAUGGAGAAGUUGGAGGCUAUGCAAGAUGCGUGCGCCUCACAGGAAGUUUACAUGGGUUUACCAGAAACAAUUCAUCAGCCGUACAUCGAGGACACUCAGUCCUGCUUCAAGACCCUAAACCAGGUGCUGACCUGUGUGAUCAGUCUGGAACAGGAACACAUGCAGUACUGUAAACUCAAACAGCGUAACACUGUCAUUGGCUCCAUUGAUGCCCCGAUUGGAGAUGAGAGCUACACACAGUUUCCCGGAAAUACUCGUUUGUGAUGACAUGUAACCUUUCCCAUUUGUGACAAAUUGUCUCCCCAAGUGCCUCAUUGUUUGUAUUGUGCCAUGCUUUAUCAUCAUCAUCCCACCUUUCGGAAUAAAAUACAACAAUGUCAUCCCACCUGUUGGAGUAACUACAACAUCGCCAUCCCACGUAUUGGAGUAAAUACAACAUCGCCAUCCCACGUAUUGGAGUAAAUACAACAUCGCCAUCCCACGUAUUGGAGUAAAUACAACAUCGCCAUCCCACGUAUUGGAGUAAAUACAACAUCGCCAUCCCACGUAUUGGAGUAAAUACAACAUCGCCAUCCCACGUAUUGGAGUAAAUACAACAUCGCCAUCCCACGUAUUGGAGUAAAUACAACAUCGCCAUCCCACGUAUUGGAGUAAAUACAACAUCGCCAUCCCACGUAUUGGAGUAAAUACAACAUCGCCAUCCCACGUAUUGGAGUAAAUACAACAUCGCCAUCCCACGUAUUGGAGUAAAUACAACAUCGCCAUCCCACAUAUUGGAGUAAAUACAACAUCGCCAUCCCACGUAUUGGAGUAAAUACAACAUCGCCAUCCCACGUAUUGGAGUAAAUACAACAUCGUCAUCCCACAUAUUGGAGUAAAUACAACAUUGCCAUCCCACGUAUUGGAGUAAAUAUGGCAUGGUCAUCCCACAUAUUGGAGUAAAUACAACAUUGUCAUCCCACGCAUUGGAGUAAAUACAACAUCGUCAU